ACAAGUCACAUGAGAAUGAGAUAGAGUUAUGGUGGUUUUGAUCAAUCUUGUCUGGUUUUUUCAUCAAUAUUUGACCGGUCAGUUCGUUUAAAUCAUUUUUAAUAUGUCUAGUUAUCAGAGCCUUGCAGAUAUUGCCUCAAGUAGGGGUGAUGGUGUGGAUGAUCCCAAUCUUUCCUCAGCUAUUGUGAUGCCAUUUGGUCGAUUAUCAGUGGAGAGUGAAGAAGUCAGGAAACAGAAAGUCAAUUGGCAGUCUUAUGUACAGAGUCAAAUGAUUAACCAAGAAGAUUACACAAUGAUAGCUGAUUAUGACUGCAUGGGUGUGGAAGAAAGAGGAAAAAUACUUGAGCAAAAGGGUGACCAGUUUGUGAAGAGCUGUUUAUCACUGCUGGCUCGACUAUCUCGUGAUCAUACAAUCAGAUACAUACUUGUCUUGAUUGAUGACGUGCUCACUGAGGAUAGAAGCAGAGUGUCUAUUUUUCACAACUUUGGUAAAAGGGCCAGCAUCAAUGUAUGGGCAUCUUUCUUGAAACUUCUCAACCGACAGGAUCAGUUUAUGGUCCACCAGACGGCUAUUAUUAUAGCAAAGCUUGCAUCGUGGGGAAAGGUCUCAUUAUCUGAGAGUGAUCUAAAUUACUUCCUGACCUGGGUAAAAAAUGGCCUGGCAUCAACAGCAAAUGAUUAUCAACAUAGUGUUGCACAAUGUCUUCAGUUGAUGUUGAGGCAUCAUUCCUGCAGGCAAGCAUACUUCAAAAUGGACGGCAUUCAAAGUGUUGUGUCCGCCCUCGUGGCACCAAACAUUGGUUUCCAACUCCAGUACCAGUUGAUUUUUGUUCUGUGGCUGUUGUCAUUUGAUCCAAGGAUUGCACAGAGAAUGACUGGGAGCAAUGCUGUAGUUCGUGUGUUGGCGGACAUUUUAAGGGAAUCAGGCAAAGAGAAAGUUACAAGGAUCAUCAUUGCCACAUUAAGGAAUUUGUUGGAGAAACCAGAAGAGAAGAAGAACGAGGCAGCACUGUCCAUGGUUCAGUGCAAGCUUCUUCCCGUUCUUUCUGUGCUGAAUGGCAAAACAUGGGUUGACGAAGACAUACGGGAUGAUGUUGAGGUUGUGUACGAGAAGCUGAAUGAGCGAGUUCAAGACUUGAGUACCUUUGAUGAAUAUGCAGCCGAAGUUAGAUCAGGGAGACUGGAGUGGAGUCCAGUGCACAAGUCUGAGAAGUUCUGGAGAGAAAACGCCCAACGUCUGAACGAGAAAAAUUAUGAACUGUUGAAAAUCCUGACCAAGCUACUUGAAAAGUCCGCUGACCCGACCAUUUUGGCAGUAGCGGCUCAUGAUACUGGAGAGUACGUUCGACAUUACCCGCGUGGAAAACACGUACUGGAGAAUCUUGGGUGUAAAGUGACGGUCAUGAAGAUGAUGACACAUAAUGACCCUAACGUACGUAAGGAGGCCCUCCUGGCUGUACAGAAACUCAUGGUCCAUAACUGGGAAUAUCUUGGAAAGCAACUCAAAGCUUCCUGAAUAAGGGAUUUUCCAAAGUAAACAAAUGAAAAGCUACUAGCAUUUUAAAUUUUUGAAUUACCAGUGAAGUGGUAAAUUGAGUUACGUAGGGAAAGAUGUUGAGAAUUCUCGCCGUUAUGAAAAAAGCCCGAGAGAAACCGAUAAAUACCGAUGACAUACAUCGGUAACGUCUCGGUAGUUUUCACGAAGUUAACACGAUGAUUUGGCAAUUAAUUUCCGAACACGAAUGUUUCCGAGAAUAGACCAAUUUCGAUAUAUUAAAAUUCAGCGUAAAGCAAUAGACCUCAGUACGAGGCUCUGGAGAAUAAGUAC